GGCCCCGUGAUUGGCCGCUGGCUGAGGGCAGCGGGGCGGCCUGGAGGCGUCCCGGGCGGGGAGCAGCCAGCGGAGCCUUCCGCGCGCGGCCCCGGCAAGAUGCUGCUGUCCCUGGUGCUCCACAUGUACUCGAUGCGCUGCGUGCUGCCGGCCGCCGUGCUCCUGGGCACUGCCCCCACCUACGUGCUGGCCUGGGGGGCCUGGCGGCUGCUCUCCGCCUUCCUGCCCUCCCGCUUCUACCAGGCGGUGGACGACCGGCUCUACUGCAUCUAUCAGAGCAUGGUGCUCUUCUUCUUCGAGAACUACACCGGCGUGCAGAUAUUGCUAUAUGGAGAUUUGCCAAAAAAUAAAGAAAAUAUAAUAUAUUUAGCAAAUCAUCAAAGCACAGUUGACUGGAUUAUUGCUGACAUUCUGGCCAUCAGGCAGAAUGCUCUUGGACAUGUACGCUACGUGCUGAAAGAUGGGUUAAAGUGGCUUCCGCUGUAUGGGUGUUAUUUUUCUCAGCACGGAGGGAUCUAUGUAAAGCGAAGUGCCAAAUUUAAUGAAAAGGACAUGAGAAACAAGCUGCAGAGCUACAUGAACGCAGGAACUCCAAUGUAUCUUGUGAUUUUUCCAGAGGGAACAAGGUAUAAUCCAGAACUAACGAAAGUCAUUUCAGCUAGUCAAACAUUUGCUGCUCAAGAAGGCUUUGCAGUAUUAAAACAUGUGCUGACACCAAGAAUAAAGGCAACUCAUGUUGCUUUUGAUUCUAUGAAGAAUUAUUUAGAUGCAAUUUACGAUGUGACAGUGGCUUUUGAAGGGACUAUUGAUGAUAAAGGGCAGCGGAAAGAAGCACCGUCCAUGGCUGACUUCACACAUAAGAUUGGAAGGCUACAUAAAUCAAAGGAAGGGAAUGUGGAGGAGAGCGCUAACCUAGUGGUACUGAGGUAUACUGAUGGCCAGCAUUCACCUUUAUAUGGACUUUUAUAUAAUACUUGUGAAAUUUAGUAUCUUUGGCAAGAAGAAACAGUUAAAUACGACUCUUUGUUUUUUCAAACC